AGCGACUAACUGACUCACCAUAACAACAACAACAACACCAGCGCAAGACUGAGACAUGCAGUCAUCGGGAGAACAAACCCUUCAUACAAACUGCACCUACUAUCAAGAAGAAGAAGACUGAGACUCCUGGCUCAUCCUUGGCACCUGCUCCUCCUGGCAACCAUCGGCCUGCGUUACGCGAUUAUUGCAUUGCCCUCUGCCAUUCCUCUUCAACAAGCUGCUAUAUACGAUACCUAUCUCCCUUAUCACCGGGUCGCAGGAAACGUUAUAGUUUUAUUUUUUUGCGGCUGGCUCCUCGUCAUUAGUUUGUCCGGGAGGUGUUGGUAGUUGGAGGGUUUUGAUGGCCUUCUGUUAAGGCCCUGUGCUAUAGCUGUCCUUAACCCAAUAAUAACAACAACACAGCGAGCCAUCAUGUUGCAGAGCAGAGGCCUGACUAGGUUACACAGGUUGACAUUGCAAGGACUCCAAACUUGUAAUUUAAGUUCCACAUACUGCAGUGUUGCAGAUGAUGGGCAUUAUGCAUCACGUACUUUCACUACACAACAUGAAGAAAAACAAAUGAAGACCUCAUCUGGAGCCAAUGGUGACUAUAGCAGUCGUGUAAAUAAACUAGAAAAUUCAUCAACUGCAGUAAGAAAGAUACGCGUUAAACUUCUGUCUGAUCCCACUUUGGAUUCCAAGAAAAGUUCCUCUGAUGGGCAUCAUACUAUCGAAGAGGAACAAUCAUCACCCUCCACAGUAUUAUACAAAAAUCAUAUCCCAACAAACAUCUUUCAAAAGGCUGUCUUGUCUGUAGGAGCAGCUGGUGCAGCUCUCCUGGACCCCUGGCGUCAUGACAUGGUAGCAGUCCUUGGAGAGACAACAGGUUACAGAGCUCUCUCUGCACUCUAUACAGAGAUGGCUCAUGAUGAUGAGGGACAGCAGAUACUAAUAGAUAAACCAAGGAUCAGUAGUACUACAGUUGAUCUUAAAUACUUAUCACAGCUGCCUGAAGAAACUUUAGGUCACUUCUAUAUAAAAUUUCUAAAUGUUAAUAAUGUGACUCCAGAUUCUAGAAUGCCUGUUCAAUUUGUGGAUAAUCCUGAAUUGGCAUAUGUAAUGCAGCGUUAUCGUGAGGCUCACGACCUCUUUCACACUGUUUUGGGAAUGCCUACAAAUAUGCUAGGGGAAGUAGCUGUCAAAUGGGUUGAGGCACUCCAAACAGAAUUACCAAUGUGUUAUGGAGCUGCACUUUUUGGUCCAUUGCGGUUUAAGCCAAAACAGCGGCAAAAGUAUUUACAAACCUACCUACCUUGGGCCUUGCGGGUUGGUGCAUCCUCAAAACUAUUAAUGAAUAUAUAUUUUGAAAAGAGAUGGGAGCAGUCCAUGUCUGAGCUUAGAGAUGAAUUGAAUAUAGAGGCAUUUAAAUUUUAGUGUCACUCUUAACUGGAGAAUCUGAAAGGUUUUGUUAUGUAUUGAAUUGUUUUCAUGUACAGUAUUGAAUCUACAGAAAUAUAUAGAAUUUAAUUUAA